AUGAUGAAACGUUCUAUGCACUUUGAGUCCCCAGAGCGUCCAGCUAAGCGGCCAUCGCUCGAAACAUGGUCGGUGCCCGCUCGGAUGGCACAGAGCGCUCCUACUUCGCCAACUCCGAAGUUGAUCCUGCUCGCCGGUGAAACCGAGCCCGCGAGCGAUCGAGACCCGGUCCGUGCAGCCAAAAAGACGAUCAUCAUCCAAGCAGCUUCCAUGAAGUUGCACGCCGAAGAAGAUGUCGUUGCCAACCAGCGCGGCAUUGACUUCUUCCGGAAGUUGCAAGAGACGAGGGAAGCCCUGGAGAAGGCCCUCAAACGCCUGGAUGAGGCCACCAUGCGCAUGGAUGCGAACACCACACGUCUCCAGAGACGCUCCCUCCAAGAAAGACGAAGGAUAAUUUCAACCUUCGUCCGGGACUCCAAGCUCCCGCGGAAUCCGGCUGCAAGGAGAAUGUUCCUCAACGUCCCCGAGAACGAGGAGAUGAAGGCCACCAUGGAAAUGAUCAGAGACUUGAAUCAAAAAACUCAUGGAGGCGACAUACAUGAGGAUGCCAAAAUGGCUCUCGCGUUUUUCGAGCCGAGCCAUGAGGUGUACAAGGCUAUCGAAACACUGUACCAGAUGAAACCACAGGAGAUCGUGCGUCUUGACGAAAUCCGCAUGGAUCACGCGACGGAGCUUCUCAAUGCGAUCGCAUGGAAAAAGCUCUCCAACACUGGCAACGACCUCCCCCCGACUUUGAUCGAGAUACGUGCGCACGUGGUGGAACUUCUGGGAAGGGAGGAGUAUGAACAGGCCGAAAAGUAUGCAAAAGAGCAACUCUGCUCAAAAUUUCCGACGUGGAUACCAGAAGGAAAUGUGUAG